UUCAUGAUAGAAACCCUUGUGAGUUUCGCUACAUAGAACGGUAAAAUACUAAUACCAGUCUAAAUGAACAUAGAAACCUAUUCAUAAUUUAUUUAGCCAUAAGAAAUUGUUAGUGUUAGUGAAGUCUCACACAGCUAAAGAAAGGACAGGGUGUCCAUGUUAAAUUACCGGACCAGUAAAAUCCACUGAUUUGGCUAGAUUUCUUUCUACCAGUCUUUCUCCUCUAGUUUCUCAUGGCCCUGAGGCUGAAACGAAGGCGAGAAUUGAGCACACUGAGGACUGAGGAGAGUAGAGCACGCUGGAGAUUGAUGGUUAUCACCGUGUGCUGUGUGCUAGUCAUACUAGCAACCUUGAUAGUGGGGUUGUACUUUACCAUUAAGAUGGUGAAUACCAAGUUUUUCUUCUGCUCUGGCUCGCUAAGGUUUAUUUCAAUAGAAAAGGCAUGUGAUGGAAAGGCUGACUGUGCAGAUGGUGAGGACGAAAUCACAUGUGUAUCCAAACUGCGGACCAAUGACACGUAUCCAGUGAGGUUGAUGGGAGACAGACUGGUCGUGCAGGUGUUCAUUAAUGAGGGUGGCUGGAGAACAGUGUGUGCUGAUAACUGGAGGACAAAGCACACGCGGUUAACCUGUCAACAACUGGGCUAUACAGCGAGUCCACGAAGUACGCGAGUCCCGGUGAGGAGUCUGCUCUUCAACCCUCAAAAUGCAUUUGCUAUAGUCAGCAAUGACUCCACACACUCUGACAUCCAGAGUUUCCUCUCAGUCAGUGACAAAUGUGUCUCCGGUUCAGUGGUGUCUGUGUCCUGCUCAGACUGUGGAGAGGUGGUGGGAGAGGACCGUAUUGUUGGUGGGGUGGAUACUGCAGUCGAACACUGGCCAUGGCAGGUUAGUCUUCAGUGGAACCACCAGCACGUUUGUGGAGGAGCAUUACUGUCCACACGCUGGAUCAUAUCAGCUGCUCACUGUUUCACAGGCCGGACACAAGAGUUGAGUCGAUGGACUGUGGUGUUGGGUCAGACCGAAGUGGUGGCAUCCAGGGGUGUCAGCGUAGAGAUGAUUGUGGUUCACAAGGACUACAGUCGCUUGAGUAAUGACUUUGACAUCGCCAUGCUAAAACUCGCCUGGCCUGUCACUGUUGGAGAAUCGAUCUUGCCAGUUUGUUUACCCCCACACCAGCUGUCUGUGAAGGAGAUGCUUGUGGUGACUGGAUGGGGAAUGCUAAAGGAGAAGGGUGAGCUGCCCUCUGUGCUGCAGAAAGCUUCAGUGCCACUGAUUGACAGGUCAGAGUGUUCCAAGCCCUCUGUUUAUGGUUCCGCCAUAACUCCCAGAAUGCUUUGUGCUGGAUUCCUCGAAGGAAACAUAGAUGCGUGUCAGGGGGACAGUGGUGGUCCACUAGUUUACCUUUCAUCUCGUUGGCAGUUGUUGGGUGUAGUGAGUUGGGGAGUGGGCUGUGCACGAGAGGGAAAACCUGGAGUUUACACUGACGUUAGUCAGCUUCUCAACUGGAUCUACACUGUAAUGGAGAUGCAUCCAUGAGACGGUGAACCAUGGACGGAUCACGUUUUUGUGACGCAGGAGGAAAGUAAACAAAUCACCUCAGUGUGUUAGUUCAGAAAUCAGUGUUCUCAAAUCUAGAAUCUAGAUAAUUUGACAUUUUAUGUCAAAACAUGCUUUUAUAGUCUCACUAGUCGCAUUGUCACAGUUUUCCAGUUAGUCUAUUGUAUGUUCAUUGUCAAGCUAUUUUAAUUAUUAUUUUUUUCUUACCAAAUGCAUUUAGAAAGCAAAAAAUAAAUAAAAUAAUAAAGCUCUUA